AGAUGAAAACCAAAAAGGAUCUUCUUCCAUGGAAUGGAGUUAUGAAUCUCUACAUGACCAUAACUGUUUGUGUGUAUACAGCCAUGGGGUUCUACGGCUACCUGUGUUUUGGAGAUAACGUCAAAGGAAGCAUUAUACUAAAUUUGCCAACUAAUGAUUGGCUUUAUCUAUCAGUAAAACUGAUGUAUUGUUUGGUGGUUUUUGUUACCUAUGGACUACAGUUCUACGUCCCUGUAAACGUAUUGUUGUCUUAUAUGCAGAAUCGCAUACAGGAUAACCCGUUUUGUAUGAAGUACGGCGAAACCUUCUUGAGACUUGUGUUGCACUUAGUUAAUCUUGCCUUUGCGAUGCUGAUUCCACAUCUAGGCCUUAUCAUUUCAUUAUUCGGUGCCCUGAGCAGCAGUGCCUUGUCUUUGGUAUUACCGCCAAUCAUGCACUCUCUUACGUUAUGGCCCGACAGACUAGGGACGUGUAAAUGGCAAUUAAUUAAGAACAUUUUCAUAGCUAUUCUCGGGUUUUCUGGCUGUAUAACAGGGACGUAUGUUGCCCUAACAAAUAUUAUUCAUUGUAGCCUUAAUCCGAACGCUAAGAUGUGUUCGGCAUAGAAACCAGGCCACUAGUCUAGGACUUUAUAACGUAGAAUCUGCGUUUUUAGUUUAUUGAAUUGAACUUUUUCACUAAGAAAACACCCUCGGCUUAAAUGACAUUGAAAUAUCUAUACAUUGAACCAGUUUUGUCCUUUUUAUUUAUUAAUGAAUCCAAGUCUUUUGCACCUCCCCAAAUUUUUAUUCGGUGCACAAGACGGAAAGUGAAGGGCCAAACCUGCUUUUAUAUAUAU